AUGAGUAUAUCAUUAAAAUUACAAUUAAUAGUGAAGAUAUAUGAUGGAAUAAUAACGAAUUUUUAUUUCAUUUAUAUUUUACUACAAUACAAGUAUGAGUCCACUGCCCCUAAUUGCUGAAGAUAGCUGGCUCAUUCGAUUAAUUACUAAUCAUAUUGGCUAUUUUUCACUUGCUAUUCCAAUUGCUAUUCUUUUUCUCAUUUCAAAAAAAACUGUUCAUCAAAAAUGUAAGUAUUGAUUAUACAGAUGUUUAGAGUUAAAGUAGAAAUACUAAAAAUUUAUAAUAAAAAAAUUAAAAACUCAUCUUACCGAAAGACAAAAUUGGUUGUCUUGCACAACUAUUUGAUACGAUGUGCUAAUAAAAUAAUAUUGUUUUAAGUAAAAUGCCAGAAAUAGUGUUUGGAAGCAGUGUAAUAACAGAUUGCAGACAUUGAGGAAAUAAAAAAAAAAUAUAUUUUCUCUUCUAACAAAAUACAAAUGAUGCAUCUUAUUAUUUUGAAAUGAUUUUUGCAAAAUUUCAGACAUAAACAGAAAGAAUCGUUGGAGAAAAUUUCAAUAUUUUUUCUUUAAAUCCUUUGAAAGAUUAUAUUGAUCAAAUGUUUUGUAGUAGAAUCACUUUAAUCUAAAAAUAGUCUAGCAUUUUAUCUAUAUUAGCUAGUAAUGCUUUUAUUGAGAGUAGGUCAAAACACAGAAAUUUGAAUGAAACAUAGCUCGUCAAUACUUUAAACUCAUCAAAGCUUAUAAUUACUUUUAAAAUCAAUAGUGAUCCUUCGAAAUGAAAUUUGUCAUAAAUACGCUCAAUAAUAUAUUAGCUAAUAGGAGUUU